AUGAGGGCCCCCUCAGGGGGCCCCCCAGUAGGUUCUUGUCUGGGGCGGCGGCUCCCGCUGAGAGAACAAGAGGCCCCUAAGUCUUCCCGGAGUCUUCUGGGGCCCCCCGGGGCCCCCCUGGGGGGCCCUUGGGCCCCAGGGGGGCCCCCCCUGAGGCUACGGGGCAGCUGGGGGGCCAACAGCUUUGCUUGCAUUGCUGCGGGGCCCUCCCGCAGCAGCAGCAGCAGCAGCAGCAGGUGUAUGUACACACCAAUCCGAGAGGCUGCUGCUGGGAAUUGCUGGGCUCCUGCCUCGCUGCCGAAGCCGAGAAGCAGCAGCAGCAGGAGCAGCCGGAGCAGCAGCAGCAGCAGCAGCAGCAGGAGACUUCGGAAGCGAUUUGCUGCGGUGUACAGACACCUCAGGGGCCCCUGGAGGCCCCAUUUGAUAAGUCUGCUGCUGCUGGUUUUGCUGCUUGUGGGGUUGUCUUUGGCAGCAGCUUUGUGGGGUUUUGGGGGAGUGUUGUUGCGUUUGCUGCCCCUGCAGCAGCAGCAGCAGCAGCCUCUGCAGCAGCAGCAGCAGCAGCCCAUGCAGCAGCAGCAGCAGCUUGGGGCCCCCCUCAUGCUCAGUGGGCUCGAGAGGGGCCCCCUCCCUGCCUGGGGUGUAUGGACAGGUCAGCCGCGGUUCGCAGCAGAAGUGCUUCUAAAGGACUCCUACGAAAGUGCAGCAGCAGCAGCAGCAGCAGCAGCAGCAGCAGCAGCCCCUGCAGCAGCAGCAGCAGCAGCAGCAGGGGUGGGGGCCCCCCCCCGGCGACUGCAGAACGUGGUGAACAUAGGGCCCCCCGAUGGGUACUCUGGGUUUGACCCGCAGAACAUGUGGGAGGCCUUCAAGGGGGCCCCCCAGGACUAUUUGCUGCUGCUGUGGUUCAUUUUGAAUUUGUUUCUUGUUUGCUGCUUCUGCAGCUGGAUGUGCACGCAACGCAGCUACCAGAAGGCAGUUGUUGUUUCCCCCUGA